GGAGAAACAAUCAAUCACCUUUUUAAGAAGUUAACUGUAACUCCUGGAGCAGAGUAUACAGCUUCCGUUCGAGUCUGUUGGAAUUCUGUUUGUUCCGUGUUUGUGAACGUCAUCAAUACUGCGUUUAUAACACUGAAACAUCCGCCACUAGCCUUUCUGAAAAGAUCAAAUGAACUGACAAGCGCUUUGGACGUGCUUGGAGAAGAGAUGCAAGCUGAACAUAUUGUGAGAGUCUUCCAGCCUUGUUGUGAUGGUAUAAUGGCAUUUGAUAAUACUACACAGACUCUUUACAAACUUGACUCCAAUGAGGGAAAUGUUGUAUUCCAUCGUCUAUCUGAACCUGAUGAAGUUUACGUAUUCACAAGUUUUUUAACUUUGAAGUUUAUCACAGUGCUUGCUAGUCGUGCUAUGAUAGUACUUGCUUCCUCCUAUCAGAUCAUCAGCUAUCGACUGACUGGAGCUGUGGAACAUGUCGUUUACUCUUGUUCGACAGCUAUAGAGGAUUGCGCUGAGGUCGUUGGUCUCUCAUCGGAUGACAGAACCGGAGAGAUUCAUUUCCUAGUUCAGGUGUAA